UCAAACUACGUCAAUACCCACUACACGUCUACUCUCUCUGUCUCUUUCCCUCGUUGCCUGUGUGUGUUGUGGAAUACGAACAACACAAAAAGCUUCUGAACUUCAUCAGCAGCAGAAAUGGCGAGUGCCUUCGUCCGUUCAUUUGCUUCGUCCAUGUCGUUCGUUGCAUUUCCUCAUCAUCCUUCCAAUCGCACUAUACCUCUUCCUCUUCUACGAUUCAACCCUAUCUUCACCUCUAAGCUCCCUUGCCUUCAUCUCCUUGCCCGCAAAACUUCUCACCGAUACUUUUUUCAAGUGAGGUCUGUAGCUGCUCCAGCUGAAGCCUCAUCUGGCUUCGAUGAGAUGGCCUCAGGGACCAAGAGGAAGUAUUACAUGCUUGGAGGUAAGGGAGGUGUUGGAAAAACAAGCUGUGCAGCGUCACUAGCCGUGAAGUUUGCUAACAGUGGGCACCCUACUCUUGUGGUUUCAACUGAUCCAGCUCAUUCUCUAAGUGAUUCUUUUGCGCAGGAUCUGACUGGAGGAACACUGGUGCCCGUUGAAGGGCCGGACUCUCCCCUGUUUGCUCUUGAGAUAAACCCAGAGAAGGCAAGGGAAGAUUUCCGUGGUAUGAGUCAGAAUAAUGGAGGAACUGGAGUCAAAGAUUUCAUGGACAGCAUGGGGCUUGGCAUGCUAGCCGAACAGCUAGGAGAGUUGAAACUUGGGGAGCUUUUGGACACACCACCGCCUGGCUUAGAUGAAGCUCUUGCAAUUUCUAAAGUGAUGCAAUUCCUAGAAUCACAAGAAUAUAGUAUGUUCACACGGAUUAUUUUUGACACUGCUCCAACGGGUCACACAUUGCGACUCUUAUCACUACCAGACUUUUUAGAUGCUUCCAUUGGUAAGAUACUCAAGCUAAGGCAGAAAAUUACAUCCGCUACUUCAGCACUUAAAUCUGUUUUUGGGCAAGAACAGCCACCUCAACAGGAUGCUGCUGGCAAAUUGGAGAAGCUACGUGAAAGAAUGAUUCAAGUGCGAGAGCUAUUUCGGGAUACUGAGUCAACAGAGUUUGUCAUAGUCACUAUUCCAACGGUCAUGGCCAUUAAUGAAUCAGCCAGACUCUCUGCUUCUCUAAAGAAGGAAAAUGUGCCUGUCAAGAGGCUUAUUGUAAAUCAGCUCCUGCCACCUUCUGCAUCGGAUUGCAAAUUCUGUGCAAUGAAGAGGAAGGAUCAGACGCGUGCACUUGAUGUGAUACAAAGUGAUCCUGAACUCGCUCCCUUGACUUUGAUCCAGGCACCACUUGUUGAUGUAGAGAUCAGAGGCGUCCCGGCUCUUAGAUUUUUGGGUGACAUAAUCUGGAAGUAAACUUCCACAUCAUCAAUAGCAUCGCAGGGAAGUGUGCUCAAGGCUCAAGCCUCACAUUCUCUCCAUGAAUUGGAGUGACAUCGUCUGAGGAAGCUCUUUGUAUACUUGCACCAUGAUACUCAUGUCAAGAGUGAUUAAAGGACAUUUGUUUUAGUUAGUGCUUUCCAGGCGCUGCUACCGGAUGUUUUCAAUGUAAAUUAGAAGUUAUAUCCAUAGAACUAUAGAAAUUUCAAGAUUAUUUGGAAUUAAGGUACGGUGGGUAUAUAUUCCUGUGUACUGUAAAAAUUUCUCUAGCAGCAGUGGUAUAUGUGUCGUUUUAUUAUUGUUGGCCCUUGAUCUUAAUUUUUUUAGUUAGUAAAAGAGCCUUUGUAAGUUCA